CAGUAAACAUGGCACCGGCCAGAAAGCGCAACGUGAGUUCGGGGAAAAUAACAGAAAAGCGAGCAAAAAAACCUAAAGCCGAUCUCAGCAGAAGCGUCGAGCGUGUCCUUGAAAGCAGAAAGCAUGCCAACGACGUUUUUGACAUUCUUGAGUGCCUUCAGGCAGAACAAGAGAAGGAUGUUAUGAGCGCCGUCAGUGCGUGCAGCAAACUGUUCUGCACGUUGCUGGAGAGGAAAGAGCUGUUCAUAGGAAAACUCCCCGGAGAGGAGGACGCCGUGAGCGGUGGGUACAGUGCCCAGGACAAGUACCGGAUAUUCAUGCGGCACCGUUACAACAGCUGUGUUGAGAUACUGCUUGAGAACCUCAGCCAUGAACAGUAUGACAUCAAGGAGAGUGGCCUGUGCUGCCUGAUGAAAUUUGCUGCAGGAGAAGGACAGCAUCCUCUUGAGGAGUUGGACUGGAGUGAACAUUACAGCUUCCCAAGGGAACUGAUCCAGGCACUGGUGGAAAACCUUCUGUCUAAAACUACAGACAAUUCCCUGCUGAUCUCCAGGUUCCAGGAGUUUCUUGAGAUGGAGGAUGUGCGCUAUUAUGUGAUGAGCUCAAUCCGUGGCAAUGUAGGCAAAGUCAUGGACAAAAACAAAGGGGCUGUGCUACCUGUAUAUCAGAACAAUGUGUUCACACUCAUGUCCAGCAUCAGCAUGCCAAGCCAGGAGUCAGAGCUAACCAACUUCAUGGUCAAACAGGAAGCCAAGCACGAGGGCUGGAAAGCUGCCAAGCUGAAUGAACACAAGCGUGUCUUUGAGAGAAUGUGGCUCGGUUUUCUUAAGUAUAAGUUGCCAAGCACCAUGUAUAAAAAAGUCCUGGUGAUACUACAUGACUCCAUUCUGCCGUUUAUGAGCAAACCCACACUCAUGAUUGACUUUUUGACUGCUGCUUAUGAAAUUGGUGGGGCAAUCAGCCUGCUGGCACUCAAUGGGCUUUUUGUCCUCAUACAUCAACAUAACCUAGAUUACCCUGAUUUCUACAAGAAGUUGUAUAAUCUGCUCGAGCCUUGUGUUUUUCAUGUGAAGUACAGAGCGCGCUUUUUCCACUUAGCUAAUCUCUUCCUUAGCUCCAGUCACUUGCCAGUUUACUUAGUGGCUGCAUUUGCCAAACGUCUGGCUCGUCUGGCUCUCACAGCACCGCCUACAGCCCUUCUCAUAGUGCUGCCCUUCAUCUACAAUCUGAUCCGUCGCCACCCGUCCUGCAGAGUCCUCGUUCACAAGCCCAGUGCAGAAAAUGAGCCUCUUGAGGAUCCCUAUCUGAUGGAUGAAGAGGAUCCUGCUCAGUGCCGUGCCUUAGAGAGCAGCUUGUGGGAAAUUAAGACGCUGCAAAAACAUUACCAUCCAGAUGUGGCCAAAGCUGCGAUGUUGAUCAACACACCAUUGUCAGAACAGGAGGAUGACAUCAGUGAGACACUAGAGAUCGCAACAUAUGAGCUGAUGGAAAGAGACCUGAAGCAACCUGAGCUCAAGAACAUCCCACUGGAGUUUGAAACUGCCACACAGUUACUAAAAGGAGGAGGAGACGUGUUAGGACAGCACUUCUGUCUGGCAUAAAAUGAGUCAAAAGCAAGGGAUGAUGUAUGCAUUGUUAUAACUUUCUUAGACUUGUUCAUCGUUCAAGUGCAACAUUUAUCAGGAAGUGUUGACUAAAUUUUCUCCAGGAAAAAAAACUGUGUGUUUUUUGGGACUAACAGUAGCAAUAAGAGGAGACAUUACCAUGAUCUGCAUUUGUUUAUUCAUGUUUUAUUUUUUUAACAUGACUGUCCUUGAUGUGCGAUCAGUCUAUGUCAAUAAAAACCUUUUCUAGUGCACUGUUACAUAUACGUUUCAUAUUAAAUUUAGAAGCAUUUGCAUGGUUGAAGAUAACAGCAUUGUUUUUUGUAGGCUGUUUUAAAUUUGUAGCUAAACUCAGUAUACAUCACUCAAAGACCCACGUUUUAUGAGUUAUUUGGUAGUGAUAAUAAGAAGUGUUAAGUGUGUUAAGUGUGUUUCAAGAAUUCAGAGAUACUUGUUUGCAUACAGUAUGUAAAUGGGCAAUUAUUGGUAAAUAUUAAGCCAUGGUACUUUUUAGAAAUUAUGUCGUAACUGCUUUUUCUUACAUUUUUUGCCUCUGCUUAAGCAACAAAAGCAUUCAGUGCACUGCAUAUUUUCACUUAGUGCGGCUGUAUUCUGGUGCAACAAAAUUAGGCAGGACAUGUUAUUGUUAUA